GGGGAAUCUUGGAAGACUAAGAACAUUGUUCUGCCUUAUACUGCUGGGUGUGGCCAAGUUAUACUCCAAAACGCUAGUCAAACUUAUACUCCAAAACGCUAGUCAAAUCCCAAGGAGAUAAGUUGUAUUUUAUCCCAAGAAGAUAAGUUGUAUUUUCUCAAGGAAAAAGCAAAAAGUGGCCAGCAGCAUUUACCAUCAUGGAGAUUAAUGGUCUGGACCAUUCCUCCGAGAGUAGAAGGGCUAUGACAGAAAAUGGUUAUUCAUUAAUUAAUGCUAUUCAGAAAGAAGAUAUCAGUCAGAUAGAGCAAUUGCUGAAAAUAGGUGCCGAUGUCAAUUUCCAAGAGGAGGAAGGGGGCUGGACACCUUUGCAAAAUGCGGUACAAUGUGGCAACAAGGACAUCGUGGAGCUUCUGCUUCGUCACGGUGCUGACCUUCAUCAGAGGAAGAAGAAUGGGGCCACCUCCUUCAUCAUUGCUGGGAUUGAGGGAAAUGUGGAGCUGCUUAGACUUUUCCUUUCCAAGGGAGCAGAUGUAAAUGAAUAUGAUUCUAAUGGUUUCACAGCUUUCAUGGAAGCUGCUUGCCAUGGUAAUGUUGAAGCCUUAAGAUUCCUCUAUGAGAAAGGAGCAGAUGUGAAUUUGCAUCGAGAGCCAAAGAAUGAUCAAAAGCUUCUUGGGAAAGGAGGGGGCACAGCUCUCAUGGAUGCUGCUAAAAGAGGCCACAGCGAUGUCUUGAGGGUUCUCCUGAAAGAGAUGGGGGCAGAAGUCAAUGCCCGUGACAAAAUGGGCAGAAGUGCCUUGAUCCACGGUAUUCAGAGAUCUCCUGAUGCAAAGGUGGAGGAUGUUACCCGCCUCCUGCUGGACCAUGGGGCUGAUGUCUGUGUAAGAGGAGAAAAACAGAAGACGCCCCUGAUCCUGGCAGUGGAAAAGAAGCAUGUUGGUUUGGUGCAGAUGCUUCUGGAACAAGAGCACACAGAGAUUGAUGCAAAAGAUAGUGAAGGCCGAACAGCACUGAAGGCUGCUGUUGAGCUCAACCUGAAGGAGAUUGUUGAGUUGCUGUGCAAGAAGGGAGCCAGCACAGAUUGCGGAGAUCUUGUCAGGAUAGCAAAGCGUAAACAUUAUGACAAUGCCCUUGUAAACUUGCUUCGCUCUUAUAACGCCCAAGACUGUUUCCCUGACACUGCUGAAGACUGGAAGCCUUUGAGUUCACGCUGGGGGCAAAAGCUGGAAAAACUCCAUAAAAUGUGCCACCGUUACACUGGCAAACUCAAGAUUCUUAAAAAUGAUGACUAUAAGAUUGCCAGCACUUCUAAAGGGGGCGUCUACCUGGGGCUCCACGAGGAGAGAGAGGUGGCUGUGAAGGUAUUCCGUGAGGACAGUGAACAUGCCCAGAGGGAGAUGGACUGCCUACGACACUUCCGGGGGCACAGUAACUUUCUGACCUUCUGUGGGAGUGAGAGUGAGGGGGGCUGCUUGUAUGUGUGUGUAGCCCUCUGCGAAGAGUCUCUGAAAGAGCACUUGGAUAAGCCCAGAGCGGAAGCUGUGGAGGAUGAGGAAGAUGCACAUGGCCGAAAUGUCCUAGCAUCUAUAUUUAAAGCUGUUCAAGAAUUACACUUGCAUGAAUAUGUUCAUCAGGAUUUGCAGCCAGAAAAUAUCUUAAUAGAUUACAAGAAUACUGUUCGCCUGAGUGAUUUUGAUCAGAGCAUCAAGUGGACUGGAGAUCCUCAGGAAAUCAAGAAUGAUCUAGAGGCCCUCGGACGGCUGGCCCUGUACGUGGUAAAGAAGGGACAGAUCCCUUUUGAGCAGCUGAAGGCUCAAAGUAAUGAACAGGUGCUCCAACUUUCUCCAGAUGAGGAAACUAAGGACCUCAUCCAUCACUUGUUCUGCCCUGCGGAAAACGUAAGGGACUCUCUGAACAGUCUUCUGGCUCACCCCUUCUUUUGGUCUUGGGAAAACCGAUAUAGGACACUUCGAAAUGUAGGAAAUGAAUCUGACAUCAAAAUGAGAAAAUCUGAUAGUGAGAUCCUCAAUCUGCUACAACUUGAGUCAUCUGAAUGCUCUAGAAGUUUUGCUAAGUGGACAGAUAAGAUUGAUAAAUCUGUUAUGAAGAGCAUGAAUAAAUUCUAUAAAAAAAAGAAAACAUUUUACCAGGACAGUGUGGGUGACCUGCUGAAGUUCAUCCGGAAUAUAGGAGAACACAUUGAUGAGGAGAAAAAUAAAUGGAUGAAGGAAAUCAUUGGAGAACCUUCCCAUUAUUUUCAGAAGACAUUUCCAGAUUUGGUGAUCUAUGUCUAUACAAAACUGCGGGACACAGCAUACGCAAGGCACUUUCCUCAAACCUACAACCCAACCAAGCCUCAGUGUGACCAAGGCAUCCAGGCCAGUGCGUUGGCCAGAUCUGAGUGCUGACUGAGCUUUUCAUGGUCACAUUGCUACUUUACUAGAUGAGUGGUUCUUGGAAGUCACAAUGCUUGGGGCCACUUAACUGACCCAUUGCUCAUGAGGGAUGAGCUGGAUGCCUGAUUGUCAGUUUCUAUCACGGUGCGCUCCAUCCACUCAUUUGAAACAAAAGCACUAUUUCUUCAAACUUCUCUGGUUCAUUUUAGUGGGUAAAACUUAUUGGAAAGAAGUGGGAAACAACCUGUUAAAAUUCUUCCUCUCAAUUACAUCAAAAGAG